AUGUCUGACAUGCUCAAAUGCAUCAAGUGCAACAGAUGGUCUAAAAACAUCCAAUCUUCCCCUACACAACUCACCCCAUCAGCCCUUUCUGGCCCCUCUACCACCUGCACCCAAAUCCAACCAUGCAACAUCCACACUGCAGGUCCAUUGUACUUGCCAAUUCCCCAUCGUUCCCUACCUGCUCUUGAUACCAGAACACAUAUUUUUUACAAAGGCUUAGCUCAAGAGGCCCAUGUCCAGAAAAAAGCUGACCUUUCCACACCAAAGUUCAGAUGUCCCAGUUGUUCUUGCACUCCAGACCCCAAGCCUUCCCCAGAAAAACGCUUUGUCAAAGCUGGUGUCUCUGUGUACAUAGAUGAUGUUUUACAAAAAAAAACUGGCAUUAUUCCUAAGUUGUUGGAGGUCAACACCCAGAAGCCCAAAUUUUAUGAAGACUUUUGUCAUCAUCUCUGGGGCUUGUUUUCUGAAAAAAUCCUCUCAAAAACUCAAAUUACCUAUCCCCCCAACCCGUGCGUUGAUAAAGGCACAUCCUCCCCCUUCCCGCCCGCCCACGCCCCUGCCCCUCCAAAAGGGGCGGGAAGUGAUCAACCAAGAGCAUCUAAAGCGGCAACCUGGGCCCUUGGGGGAAAGAUUUCCACCAAACCUGCAAGGGGAGCCACCAGUCUUUUGUCCCAAUUCAACACCCUCAGUCACCCAGUUGGCCAGUCAAUUGUGAUGAAGACUGAUGGGUGGAUUCCUGCACUAAGCGUCCAUUUCUAUACCAUCAAUGAACAACCACCAUCUGGAGCAUUGCACAAAUCUUCCACUAUCAAUGAUUACAUAUGUGUGGUCACCUUCCCUUUUGAAAUCAAAGUCAAAAGUGGAAAGGUUUUAGGGGAGGGUUCCAGUUGCCGCUCUUUUGCUGCUCAAGUCCGCUCAUUAGAACAGGGUAAAGAGAUUUUCAACAAGGGGAAUGAUAAGUGCACGCCAUCCCCCCUUGAGCACACCAAAGCAGAUUGGUGUGCAGGUGCGCACGCCAAUCUGCAUCAGGGUAGAUUUUCCUGCAGUUGGCAUGCAGGCCUGCAUGCCAAUCUGGGUCCUAAACCAUAUAAAUAUGGGUUUGGGACUGGGGCUAUCCCAUAG